AUGCUGCCUGGAGUCGGUGUAUUUGGCACAGGGAGCACAGCCCGAGUGCUGGUCCCUCUGUUGCAAGCUGAGGGCUUCGAAGUUCAUGCGCUUUGGGGACGAAGCGAAGAGGAAGCAUGCUGCUUAGCAAAGGAACUGGGAAUCCCGUUUCACACCAGCAGAUCUGACGAUGUCCUUCUGCACCAAGACGUCGAUCUUGUUUGCAUCUAUAUUCCACCCUCAAUGACAAAACAAAUAGCAGUCAAAGCACUGGGCAUAGGUAAGAAUGUUGUAUGUGAGAAAGCUGCAACUGCUGUGGAUUCUUUCAAGAUGGUGACUGCAGCUAGAUACUACCCCCAGCUGCUGAGCAUUAUGGGUAACACCCUGCGCUUCCUGCCAGCCUUUGUUGCUAUGCGCCAGCGACUGCUCGAAGGAUACAUUGGAGAAAUCCAGGUGUGUGACGUUCGGGUGUAUGGGCCAAGUCUCCUGGACCAGUCGUAUGGUUGGACCUGUGAGGAGCUGAUGGGAGGAGGCGGGCUGCACACUGUCGGCUCGGCCAUCAUUGACCUCUUAAGUUACCUGACAGGAGCGCGAGCCCACCGUGUCCACGGUUUACUGCGGACCUUUGUCCAACAGAACAGCUUGAUCCGUGGCAUCCGGCGCGUCACUAGCGACGACUUUUGUUUCUUCCAAAUGUUGAUGGGUGGCAGUGGGUCUGCUGGUGUGUGCUGCACAGUCACCCUGAAUUUCAACAUGCCAGGGUCCUUUGUGCACGAGGUCAUGGUAGUUGGAUCCACUGGGAGGUUGACUGUCAGAGGCACAGAACUGUUUGGCCAACGCAAUGGGAGUAAAGACGAGGAGCUGUUGCUAGGUGACAACGGGUGGGUUGGACCAGAGGUGAAAGCGAUGCCCCUGCCUCACCUGCAGGGGCUCAGCUCCAUGGUAAAGGCACUGAGACAGUCUUUUCAGGCUCACGAAGAACGCCGUUCCUGGGCGCGAGGUCCAGUUGCCAUGGCGCCAACCUUCGAGGACGGCCUGUACGUGCAGACGGUGGUCGAGGCUGUGAAGCAGUCCAGUUCUAGUGGAGAAUGGGUGUGUGUUGAGAUCAUGAGUCAGGAGCCAGACCCCAACCACAACUUGUGUGAGGCUCUUCAGAGAAACAAAAACUGA